AUGGUGGCAAGACUCAAGCAUACCAGGAAACUCAGAGGACAUGUAAGCAUGGGCCAUGGUCGUAUCGGAAAGCACAGAAAACAUCCUUGUGGUCGUGGUAAUGCCGGUGGUUUACAUCACCUCAGAAUCUUAUUUGACAAGUUCCAUCCAGGAUACUUCGGAAAAGUUGGUAUGAGACGCUUCCACUUAAAGAAAAACACAGAGUUCUGCCCUUGCGUGAAUCUUGACACCCUUAAUACACUGUUAACAGAAGAACAAAAGGCAUCAUCAGAUAUCCCUCUUAUUGAUGCAGGAGCUCAUGGAUUUUUCAAAGUUCUUGGCAGAGGUGUUCUUUCAAGGCCAGUCAAUGUCAAGGCAAGACUAUUUUCUGCUAAAGCUGAAGAAAGAAUUAAGAAAGUAGGAGGAUCAGUUAUUCUUUCAGCAUAA